AUUACCGACCUGUUCAUGUGUAUUAUCCGUACCUUUCGCUGGAUCCUUUUUAUUUGAUUUUUCUUUUGUUGAAAUUUAAUAGACGAAAGUUUAUUUUAAGUUAAUAUACGAAUUAUACGGAAAGUCGUCGCAGUAUUUCGAAUUUUUUAAUUUCCCUCCAGCUCUCUCUCUCUAUUUAGUCAAUUGGAAUUCUUCUACUUCUGGUCACCAAAAUCUAUCUACUUCGUGCUCCCAUUUCUAAUUAUUUUGGCAUCUUCUUCUUUCUUGCACUACAAAUAGUUCCAUUCCAGUGUUUCGAAAUUGCUGUGUACAUCGUAAGAAUUUGAAGAGCAAAGAAAAUUCAAAUAAGAAAAACGUACAAUGGGAGAUAAGAAGUUCAUAGUUGAAGUCGAAAAGGCCAAAGAAUCUGUAAAUGGAAAACCUUCAAUGGGACCUGUUUAUAGAAGUUUGUUCGCAAAAGAUGGAUUUCCUGAACCAGUUGAAGGUUUAGAGAGUUGUUGGGACAUUUUCCGCAUUUCUGUUGAGAAGUAUCCUGAUAACCGGAUGCUUGGUCGCCGUGAAAUCGUGGAUGGAGAGCCAGGUAAAUAUCUGUGGCUAACUUAUAAGGAAGUGUACGGCAUUGUUAUGAAAGUUGGAUUUGCCAUCCGCAGUUGUGGUGUUGAGAAGGGAGGACGUUGCGGUAUUUAUGGCAUCAAUUGUCCAGAGUGGGUUAUGAGUAUGGAGGCUUGCAAUGCUCAUGGGAUCUACUGUGUUCCAUUGUAUGACACACUUGGUGCCGGAGCUGUGGAAUUUAUUCUGUGCCACGCUGAGGUUUCAGUAGUGUUUGUGGAAGAAACAAAGAUUUCUGAGGUGCUAAAAACUUUUCCGAAUACAAGUGAAUAUGUCAAAACAAUUGUGAGCUUUGGCAAGGUUAAACCUGAACAAAAAGAAGUGGCUGAAAAUCUUGGCUUGAGAAUAUAUACUUGGGAUGAAUUCUUACAUCUGGGAGUGAAUAAGGAAUGUGAACUUCCAGUGACCACAAAAACUGACAUAUCUACAAUAAUGUACACUAGUGGAACUACUGGAGAUCCCAAGGGAGUAAUGAUUACCAACGAUAGCAUUGUUUCCUAUAUAGCUGGUACGAAACUACUAUUAAAGUCCACCAAUGAGGAGAUGUCCGACAAGGAUGUUUUCAUUUCGUAUCUCCCUCUGGCACACAUAUUUGAUCGAGUGAUUGAAGAGUUGCUUAUUCACCACGGUGCUGCAAUUGGAUUUUGGCGUGGGGAUGUCAAAUUGUUGAUCGAAGAUAUUGGGGAGCUAAAGCCAAGUAUUUUCUGUGCUGUUCCGCGUGUGCUAGAUAGGAUUUAUUUGGGUUUGACAGAAAAAAUUGCUUCUGGAGGUUUCUUGAAGCAUAAGUUAUUUGACAUUGCAUACUCGUUAAAACUAAGUAGCAUGAUGAAAGGAAAUAAACAUGAAGAAGCAGCUCCCAUAUGUGACAAGAUUGUCUUUAGUAAGGUAAAGCAACGAUUAGGAGGAAACGUUCGACUUAUUUUAUCUGGAGCAGCGCCACUUGCAGCACAUGUUGAAUCUUUUCUACGAGUGGUGACAUGUGCUCAUGUCGUUCAAGGAUAUGGUCUGACGGAAACAUGUGCUGGAACUUUUGUUUCAAUGCCAAAUGAAAUAUCUAUGCUUGGGACAGUUGGACCUCCUGUACCAAAUGUCGAUGUAUGUUUGGAAUCCAUCCCUGAAAUGGGGUAUGAUGCUCUUUCGAGCACACCACGUGGAGAAAUAUGUGUGCGGGGGAAACCCGUGUUCCAAGGAUACUUCAAACGAGAAGACCUCACCAAAGAGGUUAUGGUUGAUGGAUGGUUCCACACAGGGGAUGUUGGUGAGUGGCAGCCAAAUGGUAGCAUGAAAAUCAUUGACAGGAAGAAAAACAUUUUUAAGCUUUCACAAGGAGAAUAUGUUGCGGUCGAGAACUUAGAGAAUAUUUACGGGCUUGUUUCUGCUAUUGACUCGAUAUGGGUAUAUGGUAACAGCUUUGAGGCUUUCCUUAUUGCUGUUGUCAACCCCAACAAGCAAGCACUUGAGCGUUGGGCAGAAGACAAUGGAGUAGAAGGGGAUUUCGAUAUAGUCUGUGGGAAUUCAAAGGCCAAAGAAUUCAUCAUCAGUGAACUUAGCAAAAUUGGAAAAGAAAAGAAGUUAAAAGGUUUCGAGUUUGUUAAAGCUGUCCACUUAGACCCAGUUCCAUUUGACAUGGAGCGUGAUCUUCUCACUCCUACUUACAAGAAGAAGAGGCCUCAGCUGCUCAAAUACUAUCAGAGCAUCAUCAAUGGUAUGUACAAAAGUGGAGGCAAGUAAACCAUUCAGUUGUCAAAGACUCAGCCCUCAGGUGUAACUAUGUAGCAGUAUUGUUCAGGAAGAUUUCCACACUUUUCUGUCUUAACCAUGUUAAUUGCAUUCUAUAUGAUCUUAUUACAUUACUGGCCGGAUUGGGUAUACUCAAACUAACUGGAGCUAUGGAUUUUAUCCCCUACCAAAAUGGUGUGAUAAGGGGUGUAAAAGUGGUAGAGUUACCUCAUUACCCCUCUACCCUAGGUUUGUGACACGUGUCCUUCACUAUUUAUUUUAUUUUAUUUUAAUUUGUAUUUUUAUAUUAAACAUUUUUAAAACUAUUUGUUGUUUUAAUUUUUUACUUUUUCUCCUGCUAUUAUAAACUUGUGUCACUGUAUGUUGGUUAACUAGGACGAUUUUGACUCUGAAA